AUGACUCAGAGUAGCUCACAGAAUAUAUCAUUAUCACGACCGUUGAGUGUUUCGGAGAAUUUUUUUAGGUCAAGAACUGCUAGUGGUAACUAUCGUAACUUUCAAGUUACUGCAACUUACCGGCCGGGCUUGAAAAACAACCUCAAGCUUGUGUAUUAUGCAUUGAGGAAAACGGUGCUUGACUACCACAUAUUGAUAACAAAUGUACAAUUCAGCACUUCAAUUGAUAGCUACGUUUACCAGCCGUUAAGCAAAGUUGAUUUUUCAAGCGUCUUUGAAUUGGUAAAAAACAAGGAGUAUAUCACCGACAAUGAAAAGUUUAUGAAGUUUGUGAAUCAAAUAACCUUCAAGUUGUAUUGUGAGAGCCCGUUGUUUAAGUUGAUUUUGGUGGGAGAUGACCAACUUUGUGCUGUUCUAGAACAUACCAUCGCAGACGGAUUAGUCGCCAGAUAUAUACACGAAAUUCUACUUGAGAACCUUGCAUAUUGCGAUAAUGCCUCCAAUUGGGACACUUUACAGCGCGAGUACGGUUUCGAAAUUGUGGGAAGCCCUUUGGACUCUGAGCUUUUCAAUUUCGAACGUGACCAAAAAUACAUCAAGAACCCCUUGCCGCCGCCAAUUGACCUUUUCCUCUCUAUGGACAAAGAUUACACAGGAGGAGAUCCAGGGUUUUCAGAAAGAGUCAUACCUCCAGACACAGAGGGAAAGUGGCUAGGUCGAUUUCCCGCAACUGAUACUCACGAAAUUGCUUUCAAGCUAAUCAACUUCACAGCAAAUGAGACCAAGAAAAUACUCGGAAAAUGCAAAGUAGAAAAAGUUUCGGUCACAUCCUACAUUGAGGUCAUUAUGGCACUUACCCUACAGCCUGUCAUUAAGGACAAGUAUGCUUCAUAUAAAUGUGCUAUGGCUUUGAGAAGACACAUGGAUGCAAAAAAUGCACCCAAAGAAUAUGUCUCAAUGUUAAGCCGUUCUGGAUAUAAAAUCUUGGGAACUCUGGCCCAUAUGGGAUUUGGAAUGAACCUUCCCCCUAUCAAGGGGUUCUCGUGGGAUCUUGUUCGUCACAUCAAUAAUCAUAUUGUUGAAGGGUGCAAGAAUAAGAGGGCUUUAAAUCAGUUAAAGGGGUUCAAGCAAGUUGCCGAUUUGAAUGACGAAACCAAUGAGGUUUUUUUCAAGAAGCAGUUGAACAAGCCCAAAGCCGACGCAGUGAAGAUUUCUAAUCUAGGAUUUGUGCAUCCGACCGAGUACCACGCUAAACUGGGCCAGAUUUGGCUGAUAACCAACAUGGUAUUCGCACAAGAUAUGGCCCCAUAUGCAUCAGAAUUCAUGUUGAAUGUAAUCUCGACGGCCGAGGGGGGCUUGAACUUGACAUUAAGUUACUACGACUAUUCGUUUGAAGACUGCGAGUGGGAAAAUUUCGAUCACUUGAUAGAAAACCUUCGAAGUAAUAUGAUCGAGUACUCCUUAUAG